UCCAUUUCGAGCCUUGGAGUUGAGUUUAUUUCUAUUUUAUAUUAUACAUUUUCCAUGGUUCUAUUACUUGGAUUCUGAGAAUGUGUCUUAUCAUGUAUCUCCAAUCUUCAUGGUUGAAACAUGAAAGUUAAACAGUUAUCAUCUUCAUCUUCAUCAUUAUUGUAUAAAAGAUGAUAUAUAAUAUAUAUCAUGAUUCUGAUUCUAUUUUCUUUCCUCCAUCCAGAAUUUUCCCUCUAUCAUGCUAACUGAAUUAAAUUGGAUCCAAUUUCAAUUUCCAAUCUUUAAUUCAUAUAAACAGAAACAAAAAACAAACUUCGCCUUAAUCUAAGUUAAUCAUCUUAAACCAUUUUCUAAUUAAAACUAAUAUUGUGAUUAUCGCCAUUAAUUAUGAUCAUUGGAUCGUAAUUAACUAAAAUUGAGAGAGAAACUUUUUGUUAUUUAGAAAAUAAAAAUUUUCUUUCAUCUUCAAAAUAUGUCACCUUUUGAUGGAGAUUCAAAUACAAUUGGAAUACAAUAUUGCCCCGGAUAUGUAGACAAGAAUGGCUCAUGGAGAGCGGGUUUCUACUGCCCACCAAAGUCCCAAGGGCGGAAAAUGUAUUGCUGUGGAUCUACAAUCCAUAAGUAUUGUUGUGGUUCCAAGGAGGAGAAUGAAUUUUUUGGUGGAUCAAGCAUAUCAUAUAUUAGUUCAUCGACCAUGUUCACAGUGACCAUAGUGACCUUUAUAUUUGCCGUUAUGUUGACAGUUUUGGGCUUUGUUUGUUGUCGUAAAUUUUUUAAACGUCACCUUGGAGGGUUAGAUAUGUCAGAAAAUCAUCCCUACCAUAUAAACACCGGUGUUGAUGGUCAAAGUAUCGACGGUGGUCAACCAGGUCUUCUACCAUGUCCAGUGAAUGGUGUUAACGGAGGAUUACCAAACAAUACGACAACAACCACGACCACAAUUAACUUAUUUGAUCUAACCGAUGGGUCACCUUAUACUAAUCUACUUUCACCCAGUUCGACUAAUCUUCCACCACCACCACACUUAAUUAAUUCAACAAGCAAUCGCCUUAUGGAUUCUUAUAUUCCAACCAUAUCAUCUUAUAUUAAUCCACCGCCGACCGUUGGAUUUAUUGACCCACCGCCUCCAUAUCAAGUGUCACAAAAUUAUCACUACAAUGAUCUUAAUAAUAAUGAUAACAAUUCUAAUGAUACCAAUCAAGGGUCAAUCAACAAUCAAUCUUUAAUUACCUCAGUUAAUAGUGGUACUCAUGUGUCCUCCUUUAUCAAUCAAUUAAAUCCCAAUAAUCAAACAAUUAACAAUGUUGAUCGGACUAAUAAUCAGAAUAGGAUUUUAUCAAUGUUGGGUGGAUCUUACCGGCGGGAUAUUAUUCACCCUUGUGAAGGACAAAAGCGACUCUGGAGGACAAUGUCACAGUGAAAUUAGUUGAUUAGUUUACUAAUUGUUAAUGUUACCUAAUUGUGUCUUCAUCCACAUCAUUUAAAUAUCCCAACAAUCAACGGUCGAUAUGUACUUACAUCCAAUAAGUUUUAAUUAUCCUUCAAUUGAGUAUUUGGAUUAUAAUAAACUUUUUGUUUUUCUCAUCAAUCAGUCAACAAAAAUCUAACUGAAUUAAUAAUUUACUCAACAAUUAACCAUUGAUUUGAUUUGUAUCUGUGUUUACCGUUUCUGUUGAUCAUCAUCAUAACUGGAUUUAAUCAUUUGGUUUGAUACAAAGACACACAAUUAAAUUUAAACUACUAUAUUUGUAUGUAUGUAAUUAUAUUUGACAAUUUUAAUUAUGAUUAAUUGUUGUUGUUUUUCAAACAAUUAAAGUACCCAAAGGUGCUGAAACUUACUAUUAAUUUGUAUAUGAAAACGAGAUGAAAAUAAAACAAUUUAAAUUAAAUGAAGAAAACGCAAAAAUCAUUUAACCGAAAGCUAAUCAACUCUAAUUGUCCAAAUUGACCAACUGACCAACCUUCAUUAUUUAGCAUAAUAGACUCAUGAUUGAUCAACUUCGCAAUCUAAUUGCUUGUUAAUCUGAUUUUCCAUUUGUUGAAUCAACAAUUAGUUUGAAAUGUUUCACCCAAAGAGAGAGAGAGAGAGAAGGAUAAAUUUUCAUUCACUUUCAUUUUCUUGUGUCCAUUUGUCUUAAUGGUCAAUCGAUGGUCAAUUCCUUUGUAAUGAGAAAGUUGAGGUCAAAGUUUGUUAUUACCAAAACUAAGGAAAGAAGAUGAGGAAGAUAAAAUUAAUGGUCAUCCUCUUUUCUUUCAUCUUCAUUUGAACCAUAUUCACAAUCUUAAUCAUCUUCUGUCUUCCAUCAUCAAAUGUCCGAAUCUAUUCAAUCUGAAGAUUGUAUUUCUUUCCGGAGAGAAAACUGAGAAUGUCAACCCACCACCUGAUCCUCCUUUUUCAUCCCUUAGAUCAUCAUUCCCACCACCACCUCAACCUCUUCUUCCUCCUCCUCCUCCACCAUCACUGAAUCCAUUGAACAGAAAUAAGAAAAACUCUGAAUCUUUACUCUUCCCUCUUCCCAAUGUUAAGAAGUAAAAAUGAUGAGAGUGGGAGUGAGAACAAGCAACAGGAAAUUGAACCUGCCUCCGGCUCAGCUACUGAAGAUGAGGAUAUUACUUAGGAUGACAAAGAAGAUAUAAAAAAAAUUCUUCUUCUACAAAUAUAACAACAAUAAUGUAUCAGAUUCUCAUUGAAAUAAAACUUAUCGUUUAUGAAUCUGAUUCUAUCCUAUUAUUUGUUCAUCUAGAACUCGAUGAAGAUAAAUGACAAUUCUGAUUGGAAAUUUGAUCGAAAAAUCCUAACCAGUUGAUUAGAACAAAUCAACUGAUGAUAAUUAGUCUUUCUAAAUGUAAUCUGUUCGAAAUGUCGAUUAUAUCAAAUGUAAAUAACAUGAGAAUUAAAUUCCCAUGUAAUUAGAGUGAGUUAAUUGUCGGAUUUUGAUGAUAAAUAAAUGAUUUGGAAAAGUUCAUCAGAUAAAAAGUCUAAAGGGUGGGAGGUGGAAAAUUUCCCUUGGUAACUGGGAGUAGAAUAAGAAGAAAAAAAAGUUCUAAUA